GCCGGGGCGCGGCGGCGGGAAGCGGGCGGUGUGAGUGAGGGGGACACUCACGCCUGCUGAUUGGCCGCGUGCCUCGCGCCCCUGCCUCCUAUUGGCUUAAUUAGGGGAGGGGGUGUCUCAUCCCAUCUUCGGAUUGGCUGUUGAUGGCCGUGGAGACUAUAUUAGGGGGUUGGGGGUAGGGGUCCUCCAGUCUGCCGUGUGAGGGGCAGUGGCGGGGUGUGUUUUUGGGGCUCUACCCUCAUGAGGUUCUCGUGCCCCAGGGUGCCCAUUGCACAUCAGUGUGGCCUUAGCAGGGCAAGGCUGCUGGCUUGAGGCUUGGUGUGGAGGGAAGUUAGGCCCUUCCCCACUGCCCUAAGGUGAUUUCACUCAUGAAGGACCUGGUGUGAGUAGGAGUAGAUGCUGCAGUUGGAAGCUGUGGGGUUCACUGCUCUCCUUACAGUGGUCUUGGUGCCAAAAACACUUUCUGUGAUCUUGGGUACAGUUUUAGCAAGUGGAUGCUUUAUCUUAUGAGUCUCUGGCUCUGUGAGUGUUUGUGUUGAGUUGUCCUGCUUUCCUUCCUGUGCCCCAGUUCCAUUAAAAGUGAGUUGAUGUGAGUUUGUUGCAUGGUUGAGUUGGAAUGGAAGAAUGAGGUCCUGAUGAUGUGCCUUUCAGAAUUACUCAUCCUAAAGGGGUAGUUCUCCUUUUUAGGGGUAUUUCCCUGCACAAGAGCUAUGUCUGAUCACUAUUUACCUCUCAGCUGUACAUUGCAGAGCCUCAGGAGGGCUCUUACAGGGUCCCUAAAUUAGAAUUUAAAUUUGAUUUAGGCUACUGACAGUAGUCAUGGUCCUGAGAGUGAAAUGAAGGGUCGGUAUUUGUGAUGCACUUUUUGGUACAUCAGCAUCAACCUGUUACUAUAUGGUUCUUACAGACCUUUAAAGAAUGAUCAAGUGCAAAGCUGGAUGUGUAAAAUGCCUGUCGAUGUUUCACUGUGAUUUUCAGUGGGAGUAAAAAAUAUACUGAACUUUUGCUUUCUUCUGUCAGAUUUUUAAUAAUUCAGGUUUUUUUUCUUGUAGUUCAGUUAGAAGAUGAGAUGCUAAUGAGUCACCAGCUGAUUUUACAAGAGGAUUCUUUGCAUCUUUUGUGGAUACAAUAAAAUAAUUGUUAGUCUUGACCUUUCUAAUGCCUUCAUUUUUAGGAAAAGUAGUACAGGAACGUAUAUUACACUAGUUUGUCCUUGGAUGGAAAACUUCUCUCUGAAAUUGUGAUGGUUUUUGGCACUUUGCUACAUGGAUGCUUCUCUUUUGUGAAAAGACAGCUUUAUUACAUUGUUUAUACAAUGAGAUGUCAGUGUAAUUAUUAUUAUUAUCUGAUAGAAUAGUUGACAAUUUGAUUUUAGAGAGAAAUGGGUCUGUAGUAUUGUCUGCUCUCCUCUGACACCCUUAGUCUUACCAUUUGCAGAAAAUCCCUGGAUGAGCUUUCCUGGGGUAAAUUGCCCUGCAGUGAGCAGUCACUUCCAGUGUGUUCCUGACCACCUGCAGCUUCUGCAGCUGUGUACACUGAAUUCUAAUGGACUUCUAAGUGUAUCUAAUUAAGGAGGCUGGUUUUGUGUGGUGAAUUUUGUUUGGACUCGAACAUGAGAUUCGGUCUAGUUGUCACUCUUAUCUCCUGCUAGUAAAACAUGCAGUUGUAUUGUAGCCCUGAUAUGGCUCUAUAUGUCAGUCCCCACCUGUUUGAAGGUGCAGGUACUCCAUUUGUUCUCUGGGGUAAUGGAGAGCAGCAGCUGUUCUGAAGGAGCCAUCUCAGGUAUGUGUUUUUAUGUGCAGAAACAAGGUAGUUUUCUUUUUUCUAAUUUUAUGACAGGUGAUUUAAGUUCAGAGGAAAGGUGCAGGGGGGAUGGGAGAGGGAGAGAGGAAGCCGCACUAUCUGCAUGUCGGAGGGGAAGAAUCCCCUCCAACUGACAGCUCUUUUGGGAAGAGUUUAUUGGAGGAGGAGAAGGGAUGGGAGACAAAAAAAUUGGCAGGAAGAAGUUGGAGGGGGAAUGGUUUGUUUUCUUUCAGUAACCCCUCACAGAGCCAUCUGAUGGUUGUGUGGGCAGAACUGUAGAAGACACUGAUACAGACAUUUAUUUUCCUUUUAUGUCAUCCUGUACUUUAAAUGCAUGUGUUCCCUGCUUCCUUGCUUUAUCAGACUUCUCUCUCUGUGAUUUAUAAGGCAGGGUCACUGCCUCGAGCAGCUUUAGCCCAAGAGCUGCAGUAUGUGAUUCAACAGCCCAUGAUAUCACAGGGAUCUCAGAGGAUGAAACACUGGGACAACAGCAACAUGAGGAACAUGGCUGUAGAUUAAAGAAGCUGAGAGUGGGAGGCGGAAGUUGGUUGCGGGAGUGGAUAUUUAGAUGUUGAGCAAAUGGGAAGAGAGGUGACUAAAGAAGAGAUUUGCAUAUGUAGAAAGUAAUAAAGUUGUCUUUGUCUACUGAGAGAGGGGACAAUGUGAGAAACAUUUUAUUAUACAAGAAUUAAGGCAAGAGAGAUGUCCUUGGAGCAUCUCUGAGUAGGUGUCUAAACCCAUCCUCCUAGUCCCUAGGAGGAUGUUAACCUGUGCUCAGGCUGGAUUCUCUCCUGUAUUCUGUGGUAGAAAUGGAUUUUCAGCUACUUACCUGCUAAGUUGUGAGAGAAUAGUUACAUCAGACUGUUGUACUGUCACCUUCAGUGCCUGGGCACUGUCCCUUUAGGAUAAGGACUGUAACAUGUGAUGGGCAUAGCAGCAGAGGACUGGCCUUUGUCCAAGAGAUCGCUUCCAGCUCGUUGUUGCUUUGAUGAUGGAUGUGCCGUAAGGAUAUGGAUAUACAUAGAUUCAUUGUACACAAUGACAGUAAAAAGUGAGUUGGUGUUUGGCUGAGCUUUUCUAUUAAUUAUACGACAAAAUAAGUUGAAGCCAUUUUUCCCUGUGUGGAAAUAAGUAAUUCUUGCUGUCCCAGUUCUAGUAUGAUUCCCAUUUUUAACUCGCCAGUAAAACAUAAAUGUUGUUUUAUAUCUCCUGAUUGACAACAUUCGCACAAAAUGCACCAGGGCCAGAGUUCCUUGAUACAGUGCCUGUGAUGGAUGGGAAUGCAGAGGAGGUGACGACAGUGCUGACUCAGUCCUCGAUGAGGAUUUCUACAAUUGAGUUUGAAUUUCUGUUACACAGAUUUUUAUGGUAAUUACUUGGACAUAGCAGAGUUUCCUGUUGAGCUGAAUUUCAGCACGUGCUCCUGCCUCCCACCUUCUUUAUUGCUCAUCACUGGGAUCUCUCUGGGAUGUGGCCUGUCUCCUCCUGCAUUGUCUUUGCUCUCAGCACAUCUGUUAUUCCAGGGAAAGGCCCUGCCUGAACCCUUCGGUCUCCUUUGUACUCAAGUUGUAAGUUAUCUGUGCCAAAAUGACACUGCAGGAGUGAGUCAGCAUCUUCCUUCAGACCUUCAGUGUCUGCUGGUGGGGAAGACAUGUUGCUGAACAUCACCUCGUCUUCUGGAAGCAGAAAAAAAAUGAACAGAUGAAUCUCUUCAGCCAGACAUUCCUCCAGUAGAUCUUUCUCCUCAUGGAGCACCCAGGCAGGGAGGAGAUGGACUUGAAAGAGGAAAGUCCUCAGGUGUGGACUGAGUCUGCAGCACAGGAACAGAACACUGCUCAGGUGCGCUUUGUCCCCGAGGGGGGGGCAGUGGCCCAGAUCAUGUACAGUGACGAGCAGGAGCGCGGCCCCACGCAGCAGGUGGUUUACACGGCUGAUGGCACCUCCUACACCUCUGUGGACACCUCGGAGCACACCCUCGUUUACAUCCACCCCGUGGAAGCUACACAGACUCUGUUUACAGAUCCAUCCCAAGUGGCUUACGUCCAACAAGAUGCUACCACUCAGCAGGUAACUGUGCUCUUGCCUGCUGCUGCUCAGAGCAUGAAUCCCACCAACCUGUCUGUGCUCGGCAGCGUUGCUGACCCCCCCCAACCAGUGGCUCUGGAGCAGGGGCCACAAGCAGAUAGAGCAUCAUUACCGGUGCAUAACCAGGUGUUACCUCCCAUGGAGGCUGUGGAUGGUUCUGAUCCUUUAGCACCUCUGCAGAACGAAAUGGAAAGGAUAGAAACAAAAGAGGAAGAUGAUGAAGAUGAAGAUGAGGAUGAAGAUGGGGAAGACACUGACAUGGAUGAGUGGGAUCCAGAUCCACCUCGUCCCUUUGAUCCCAAUGAUUUGUGGUGUGAAGAGUGUAAUAAUGCACAUCCCUCAGUGUGUCCGAAACAUGGACCUUUGCAUCCCAUCCCAAACCGGCCUGUGCUGACCAGGGCAAGGGCCAGCCUUCCCCUGGUGCUCUAUAUAGACAGGUUUUUGGGAGGUGUGUUCUCCAAAAGGCGUAUCCCAAAGCGUACGCAGUUUGGGCCUGUGGAAGGACCCCUGGUCAGACAGACUGAGCUCAAAGACUGCUAUAUCCAUUUGAAGGUUUCUCUUGAUAAGGGUGACAGAAAAGACAGAGACUUGCAAGAGGACCUAUGGUUUGAACUUUCCAGUGAGGCUCUGUGUAACUGGAUGAUGUUUGUACGUCCAGCUCAAAACCACCUGGAGCAGAACCUGGUGGCCUAUCAGUACGGCCACCACAUUUAUUACACCACCAUUAAAAACGUGGAGCCCAAGCAGGAGCUCAAGGUGUGGUAUGCUGCCUCCUAUGCCGAGUUUGUGAACCAGAAGAUCCAUGAUAUAACUGAGGAGGAAAGAAAGGUGCUCAGGGAGCAGGAAAAGAACUGGCCAUGUUACGAGUGCAAUCGGCGUUUCAUGAGUUCAGAGCAGCUCCAGCAACACCUCAACUCCCAUGAUGAGAAGCUGGACUUCUUCAGCAGAGCCAGAGGUCGAGGUCGUGGGCGAGGGAAGAGGAGAUUUGGACCUGGCAGACGCCCCGGGCGCCCUCCCAAAUUCAUGCGCAUGGAAGUAACCAGUGAAAAUGGUGAAAAGUGUGAAGAAGGGACACAGGACUUGCUGCAUUUUUCCAGCAAGGGGCAGUUUGAUGAAACCGGACAAGCCCCAUUGAAUGGGCUGGAGCAGCAGGAGCAGACUCCGGUGCCACCAGAGCCUCAGGCAGCACUGGAGCAGCAGGAAAACCACGUGCUCAACAUACAGCCACAGCACGAGGGGAGCACGGUGCCCACGCAGAGCACCAUGACAGCAGAUGACAUGAGGCGAGCAAAGCGCAUCAGGCUGGAGCUGCAGAAUGCAGCUCUGCAGCACCUGUUCAUCCGGAAAUCCUUCCGCCCGUUUAAAUGCCUGCAGUGUGGGAAGGCCUUCCGGGAGAAGGACAAGUUGGACCAGCACCUGCGGUUUCAUGGGCGGGAAGGGAACUGCCCUUUGACCUGUGACAUCUGCAACAAGGGUUUCAUCAACAGCGGUGCCCUCGAGAGCCACAUGAAGUUCCACAUGGACCAGAAAACUUACUCCUGCAUUUUCUGCCCUGAGUCCUUUGACCGCUUGGAUCUGCUUAAGGAUCAUGUGGCCAUCCAUGUCAAUGAUGGCUAUUUCACCUGCCCCACCUGCAAGAAGCGCUUCCCAGAUUUUAUCCAGGUCAAGAAACAUGUGCGCAGUUUCCAUUCUGAGAAGAUUUACCAGUGUACAGAGUGUGACAAGGCUUUCUGCCGCCCCGACAAGCUGCGACUCCACAUGCUACGGCACUCGGACCGCAAAGACUUCCUGUGUUCCACUUGUGGCAAGCAGUUCAAGAGGAAGGACAAGCUGCGAGAGCACAUGCAGAGAAUGCACAACCCAGAGAGGGAGGCCAAGAAGGCUGAUCGGAUCAGCCGCUCCAAAACCUUCAAGCCCCGGAUCGCAUCCACUGACUAUGAGAGCUUCAUGUUCAAGUGUCGCCUUUGCAUGAUGGGCUUCCGCCGCAGGGGCAUGUUGGUGAAUCAUUUAUCAAAGAGACAUCCAGACAUGAAAAUAGAAGAGGUGCCAGAGCUCACGUUGCCCAUCAUAAAACCCAACAGAGAUUACUUCUGUCAAUACUGCGAUAAGGUGUACAAGAGUGCCAGCAAACGCAAAGCACACAUCCUGAAAAACCAUCCUGGUGCUGAGCUACCUCCAAGCAUCCGGAAACUGCGUCCUGCGGGCCCGGGAGAGCCAGAUCCCAUGCUGAGUACCCACACCCAGCUGACAGGCACCAUUGCCACCCCUCCAGUGUGCUGCCCUCACUGCUCCAAGCAAUACAGCAGUAAGACGAAGAUGGUGCAGCACAUCCGCAAGAAACACCCAGAGUUUGCUCAGCUCCCAAACACGAUCCAUGCACCACUGGCGACGGCCGUUAUCAGUUCCACGCCAGCUGUUCUCACCACUGACAACACAACUGGAGAAACUGUUGUGACAACAGAUUUACUGACCCAAGCAAUGACAGAGAUAUCCCAGACCCUCACGACAGACUACCGGACUCCCCAGGGAGAUUACCAGCGCAUCCAGUACAUCCCUGUGUCUCAGUCCACAAGUGGCUUGCAGCAGCCUCAGCACAUACAGCUGCAGGUUGUUCAAGUGGCCCAGGCUACCUCACCUCACCAGUCCCAGCACUCCACAGUGGAUGUUGGGCAGCUCCAUGACUCCCAGACAUACACCCAACAUGCCAUCCAGGUGCAGCACAUCCAGGUCACAGAGCCAUCACCAGCAACUCAGUCAUCAUCACAGAUUGGAGGUCAGCCUUUGAGUCCCUCCUCACAACAACCUCAGCAGGAACUCAGCCCCUCACAGAUGCAGACAACUACAUCGACACCAAACCAAGCCCUCCAGCAGCAGCAGCAAGGCUCCUCAGUCCAGCACACAUAUCUCCCCAGCAACUGGAACUCAUUUCGGAGCUACUCAUCAGAGAUUCAGAUGAUGACCAUCCCUCAAGGGCAGUACGUAAUCACAGAGACUGCUGUGGGUACCCCGGUCACUACUGUCAGCACAGGGCAAGUGAAAGCAGUUACUCAGACGCACUACGUGAUAUCUGAAGGUCAGCCUGAUCUGGAUGGUAAACAAAACUCCUCACUCUCCAGCGAGGUUCAGGUGGGCGUUUCCCAGCCCACAGCCCACACAGAUCCCUUGGAAUCCCAGACGAGCAACCAGCAGCAAACCACCCAGUACAUCAUCACAACCACUACCAACGGGAGUGGCGGGAGCAAAGUACACAUCUCCAAACCCAGGACUUUCUCAGCAGAGCAUGAGUGAAAGAGCCUCAUGGUGCCAUUUGCUUGUCCUUGUCAUCUCCCUGACAGCCCAGCUGUGGGGGUAUCCUGGGGCUCUAUGUGUUUUAAUGUAUAUGCUCUCUUACCUUCCACUAAAAUCCUGGAGCUCUUGUUAAUGCUUUAAGAGGGUUUAAUUCACAGUGACUAUGAAAUACCCUCAAAAUCCAUCUGGGAUGCUUUUUAUGCGGCUUUUAAGAAAAAGGACAAGAGAAGUGAAACCUCUUUGGCCCUGGACUUUAUUUUUGGCAUGUCUGCUGACCCUUAUUUAUCCUUUUUGGAAGUGUGUCCAGCAAACAAUUUUAUUUCAACUGUAUGAGAAAAAGAAUUGCCUAACUGAAGGCUUCCUGGCAGAUUGUCAUAUGUAUAUUUUUAAAAGGAGCCAUUAAACAGGAGAACAUCAUGUAAAUUGCUAGAAUAU